AAAAAUGUUGGAUUUUUUCCUCUUCUUAUUCGAAUUUUAGUCUACGUUUGUGUGUGGAAAUGUAUAACCAACAUACUGUGUAGCAUGUAAUAAUGACAAAUACUUGUAGUUUUAUCCUGUGAGUCGUGAACAUAGCACGCGUCUUCAUUCGUAUGCGGGGAAAUUUCUCAAUUGUGUAUUAAAUAAUAUCAAAAUCAAUCAAAUUUAACAAAGUUGCAAUCUAAUUAAUGGAAUUAAAUAUGAAAAAAUAUAACAAAAUAAUAAAAAAAAUUAUUGCUGUUUACAAAUAUUUUUUUGCUAAAACAUAGGUAGCUUUAAGUUUUGUAUAAAUUAAAAACCCAGUUUUAGCUGUAAAUUUCUUAUCUAUUAAAAAAAUAAUACUUAAAAAAUAAUGAAAAUGACCGAGUAAAAAAUUAAAUUUGUUUGCAACCAUAAAACAACCAUUUACUGUGUUUUCUGUUUGUUGUUUAUGUACAACAAAAGUGUGUUGAUAUAAAAACAAAUGAUAAUUGUAAUGAUCCGAAGGAUGCAGCAGAGGUUGCGAGUGUAUACACAUACAUAUGUAUGUAUGAAUGUGAACGUGUAAUCUCUAGAAAUACACAAAUUAAAGCAUACUCUAAGGCGCCCGAAUAUUUUGUACAUUCAUAUAAAAUGCACAUAAUAAGCAUAAGUGUGAAAAGGAGUGUGUGCGUACAGUGAUGUUGGAUGCAUUCAUGUGUUUUAUGCUGAACGAAUAAUAAUUUCUUCAAAAGUGAGAAAGGCCAGAAACACCUAAGCAACAUCAUUAAAACCUUACAAGGUGAAACCAUUGUCUCAUGUGUAUUAAAGAAAAAAUAUAUAAUAAUAGCUAUAAAAAUCUGAAAAAAUAAAAGAAAUAUAUAUGUAUAUUCAGCAUACAUAAUUUUUUUAGAAAGAAAAAAUUCUUUUGUUAAAUUGUGAAAACAUAUGUACAACAAAAAUAUAAUAUACACACUUAACUAGAAAACGAAAAAAAAAAUUAAAUAGCAUUAAGAAAAAUUAUACCGCUAUGCCGAGAUUAUUUAGUUAACUGUGACAGUGUAAAGCUGUACGAAGAAUGUGAAAUAUACUGAUAUAAAGAUAAAAAAGUAAAACAACAAUCUUAUAAAACCUAGAUGCUGAUGUUACCAAGAUAUGUUUAUGUAUAGAAAAAUGUAAUGUAGAACACUGCUAGGAACGUACCAGCAAAACCAUUCUAAAAAAUAAAAGUAAAUUCAGCAACGUUGCUAAGAGUUCCAUUUAAAGAUUAAAAAUACAAUACUGAAUGUAACAAGGGGAAUUUUAACGUUUUUAACGUUGGUUAUUGUAAUAUUAGACCCAUGAGAGUAUUUAACAACCAAAUCAAAUACAAAGGAAGUGAUAAAAGAAAGGCCAAGAAAAACAAUCCAACCUCAACGAUACUGGACAGUUAAGUAACAACGCUAACAAAAUAAUCUAAAAUGAAAAUGGUACAUUAAAAUCCAUUGUUACCGGUGGUACUAAUUUGACAAAAAAAACUUUAAAUGUUUGUUGGUACUUUUUAGUUCACGGUUAUUACUUUUUGUUGUUGCCAUAUUAGACGAUACCACCCAUAAAUAUAUAAAAUAAACAUUUUUAAGUUUUUUCUUUAAAAGUGAGAAAAAAUUAAAAAAAGGAAACAAAAUUCGAUGCUCCUACUCUGGCAUUUGUUUUGUGCUAAAAAGUGCCCAAUGGUGGCAUUUGUAUACGUGUGAGAUAUUGUUGUUUCCAAAAAAGCCAAGAAAUGUUACGAAUUUUAAUUUGUUAAUUCAAUUUCUAACAAAAGUGCUUAUUAGUGUAUAAAAAUUAUAGAGAACCACCAUCAACAAGAAACUAACAUCAAAAUGUUUCAAAAUCAUAAAGAAGGAGAACAGCAUCACGAAAAAUCACGUCGUCUAAUAUCGUCAACUUUGGCGUUGAGAUUGUCUUAUUCACAAGAGCAAUAUCGCCAAGACCCGAAACAUCAUUACAAACAUUACCACCAGCAUCGCAACAACUACCACCACCGUCAUCACAGCAGUCAACAUCAUCAUCAAAAAUAUAAGGCGAGAUAUUAUUUUUCUCGUUGCGGAUUAAUUUUCUUAAUUUUUUUCUCUGUAAUUAAAGAGUCCUUAACAACAACAUAUUCAACGCAAUAUUUGCCAUUGUUAGAUGUUACAACAACAUCGUCAUCGACAAAUUUGUUGCCAUAUUUUGACUUUGAUGUCCCGCGCAAUGUUACUGUGACGGUGGGACAAACGGGUUUCUUACAUUGUCGCGUGGAGAGAUUGGGAGACAAAGAUGUUUCAUGGAUUAGAAAACGAGACUUACAUAUCCUUACAGCAGGUUCUACAACGUACACCUCAGAUCAACGAUUUCAGGUUUUACGCCCCGAAAGUUCCGGCAAUUGGACUUUGCAAAUAAAAUACCCACAGCCCAGAGAUUCCGGCAUUUAUGAAUGCCAAAUUAAUACCGAACCAAAAAUGUCACUAUCUUAUACAUUCAAUGUAGUAGAACUUAAGGCCACAAUAAUUGGUCCCACAGAUUUGUACGUCAAAAGUGGCAGUGACAUAAAUUUAACAUGUAGAAUAAUACAGGGCCCUCACGAACUUGGCAAUAUAUUUUGGUAUAAAGGAUCUGAAAUAAUUGACAUGACUACAAAUCAAAAUGAAAUUGAUAGUGGGACAAGGAUAACAGUUGAAAACGAUUGGUCGGAUGGUCUUACUUCAAGAUUGAAAAUAAGAAGAGCUUCAUCCAGUGACACUGGCAAUUAUACUUGUGUACCGACGAUAGCAAAAUCUUCGAGUGUAUAUGUCCAUGUAAUUAUAGGCGAACAUCCAGCUGCAAUGCAACAUAAUUCCAGCAAUAUGAAUAUUGGCAACUUUUACACAACCUUUUGCUGCAUAUUAUUUACUAUUCUAACAUGUUCUUUACAAAACAUUAUGUGCCCCAACAGAAGCAAAACAUUUAAAACCACAAUAACAAUAUUGGCAAUGAAGAAAUCAUCAUCAAGUACUUCAUCAUUAUCAAUGGUAAAUGCAACAUCAACAUAUGUCCAAAAUAAGAAAAGAGUAUCUAAUGUUGCUAAAAUGACACAAUCUAAACAAUACAUUUUACCUGUGUUAUCAUUCAAAAAAGUAAUAAGAAUAACAAUUCCAUCGCCAGCGUUAAUUGUAACCAACGGAACCACAUUACCAACAACAUCUAUGGCAGCAACUACGUGCAAAUUAUCGCAUUUGAUUUGCAAUGACAGAAUCUCUAGAUGAAAGAUUAAAGUUUAUUAAAAAACAACACGAAUUGUUAAGGCGAUGUUUUUCAUGUUUUUAUUUAUUCCAUAUACUUUUCUAUGAUUCAAUUUUUUACGGCAGACUUGAGGUUUAAAAAACAAGUACACGUAUCUUGAGAGAAUACAAAACAUAAGGUUUAAGUUCUUUUUAUAUGGCAGAAAAACAAAAUAAAUAAAAUAAAAUUAUAAUAAUAUUAAGAUGGAAUCGUUAAGGAAAAUGGGAAGAAUGUAAAAGGCUUUGUAGAAUAACGUGCAUCUGUAAGUAUGGUUGGGUGGGUGAGCAAAUUGUAUAAAAAUUAAUGAAACUGAACGAAUGAAAUGAUGGAACAAAAGAUUUCAUUAUUGUUCUUUGCUACUCAAAAAUAGGAUAGUGGUAAUUAAUCUUUUGAGCAAAGACUAAGUCAGUCAGUGAUUCAGUUAAUCAGUGUGUUAGUUUAAGAAGCUAAUAUAAGAAUGAAGUUUUGUAAAUUAUGUUGAAAUAAGCCAUCACAACGAUUAACCAAAAAAGUAAGAAUAUUAAAAAUUUUUGCAUUUUGUUUCGCAUGUCUUUUUAUUUCAUUUAAUGUUUAAAUUGAAGUUUUUAUAAAAAUAUAAGAGUGCAAUAUAAUAUUACAUGUAUUAUGAAUACAAUUUCUUUUUAUAUUUUUAGUUCAUAUUACAAUUUGAACAAUAAGUACUUGACUAUGAGUUUAUGCUCCAAAAUUAGUACUAUUGGAUAGUAGGCAAACACACAUUUUUAGCUUUAUCGGUCAAGAACUGCCGAAGUCAGAGGGGGUCAAUUUGGUCACACAGGCCAAAAUGAUUGUAACAUUUUUCUAAAAAAAAAAUAAUCUUACUUUAAAUAAUUCCCAACAUUAACAUAAUUGUUUUAACAUCUAAUUGAAGAUGAAACUACCAUAGUUCAGAAAUAAAUAUCAAUUUAAACUUUUAUACAAAUUUUUCAAAUUUCAAAAUGGUCCUAUCUGCGGCAAAUUCUUUGAAGUUUACCAAAUUUUAAUAACUUUAAUAUAAAAUUUGAUUUUUUUUAUUAAAACAAGUAAUUGUUUGAUUCAUAAAUUUACAAUAUAGAUUACUAUUGCAAAUUCAUUCAUAAAUUUGUUUUUGAGUAGUGUUACAAAAUCGAUAUGCGAAACAAUGUUUUUGAACCAAAAUGAUCUGAAAAUGAUCUGAGUGUUUUCGUUAUAAGAACACUACAAGCUUCAACGUAGUGAUAGGGUCUUAUUUUGGCUUUAACCCUUAUGUACACAUAAAUAUAACGUUAAAAUAUUUAGGCCCAUGAUUGCAAUAUGGGAAUAACUAAAGGUAGGAUUUUAUAAUGCAGAUAACCGGUUCCAUGUUAUUAUGAUUGUACUUUAGUUAAAAGAUAUCAAUAAAGCAUAAGGAGAUGCUUCAGUUAGUUCAUCUUCCCGUAUAUGUAUAUUAUCGGCAUCGUAACUUCCAACAUUUAGUUAUUGGCAAGUUGUAAUAAUGGGCCUUAAGAGUGAAAAUAAAUAAUAAAUAAUACACACUCGAUUAAAGACUUAUGGCGAUAAUAAUAUCUAAUAACAGAACCUAUUAUCUUGUAAUUAAAUUCUCAGUUACAUUUUUUAGCAAUUUUAACGCAGUUAAUUUCACAGAGAAAACAUUAGUUUUUUCUUAUAUUUUUUUGCAUUUAUGUCAUCUUGUAGAACCCGAUAUCUUGUAGUGAAAACAAUUUAUUGAUUUGUCCAUUGGAUAUUUUAUCCUUUCAUGUUGAAAGAUUCACGGAUUGAUCAAAUCAAAAAUUUCGUUUAAGCGAAAAAAACUCUCAGUAAUUAAUUAUACAUUAAAUAAAUUUUAUUAAAAUUAUAAAUAUUUUUUAUAUUAAAUUGUAUAUUUUUAAUUUAAUUUAAUGCCAACCACGUGCACUGUAAAUGAUCAUCAUAUAAAUUUAAGAUUUUUAGUGUCAUUUUAUAAUUAAUUAAAUAAAAUAUUUAUAAAAUUCCAAUAAUUAAAAAUUAUCAUACAAAUUGCAUUUUUAAAUUUUGUCAAGUAACAAACGUGUAA